ACACAGAGGGCAUUUACAGACUGCUGCUCAGCGCCGCCAGAAGACUUCCACACGAACCUCGUCUCGAACAGCGCAACAUGGACCUCCACCGGACCAGCUUAUUAAACCAAAUGGAUUACAGCCGAGAGUCUAAAGAAGGGAAGCAGGCGACAGAUGAGCGGCUCGACAGCGGCUUGGACUCGCUCAAGGAGGAGGAGUACCAGGCUGUGGCGGCCGAGAUCCGUCGGCUCCAGCUGGAAUGUGAGCCGCCGCAGCACAAACAGGAUCCCGCUGUACGCGGAGAGCUGCCCGAAUGGAAAACACAGCUCACGGAGGACGGAGACACGCUGCUCCACCUGGCCAUCAUCCACGAGGCCAAGGACUACAUCAGAACGAUGAUAGAGCUGUCCAGGAACACAGACUUCCUCAACACACAGAACGACCAGAGACAGACUCCUCUCCACUUAGCAGUAAUAACAAACCAAGCGGACGUAUGUCAGCGCCUCCUGGUAUCCGGCUGCGACCCCAUGCUGGUGGACGACAACGGGGACACGGCGCUUCACAUCGCCUGUCGCCAUGGUAACCUGCCAUGCUUCAGCGUCAUCACACAGAACUGUCAGCCGGAGCAUCUACACACGGUGAUGGCUGCCUGCAACUAUCACGGUCAGAACUGCCUCCACCUGGCCUCAGUUCAGGGUUUCCUCUCACUGGUGGAGAACAUGGUGGAUCUAGGAGCUGACAUUAAUGCAAAGGAACAGCGUAAUGGUCGUGGUGCGCUUCACCUGGCCGUGGACCAGCAGAAUUUCUCACUGGUUAAACUGCUGCUGAAGAAAGGAGCAGACCCCAACCUCCUGACCUCUGGAGGCCACACUCCCUUCCACCUCACCUACGGCCGUGACAACGACGACAUCAGGAAAGAACUGUACUCGCUGACCAAACCGGACCUGAGGGAGCUUCCUGACAGCGAAUCAGACGACAGCGAGGAAGAGGAGGACGAGGAGUCUGAUGAGGAGGUGGGUUAUGACGAUAUUCAGUGGAAUGGACAUUAGCAGGAAACAAGAGAGAGAAAGAGACAGAGAGGGGGAAGUUACAGAGGCUGCGGUGAUGACUGUAAAGGACAAGAGAAAUGGCUCGGCAUGUCUACUGCUUCCUGUCACAUGAGCCUGAUAGAGUGGGCAACGCGCCGCGGGCGUGACCGCUGACAAAUCAGAUGGACGAGCAGCUGCGAUGGAAAACCAAAUGGAGGCUGCUGGUUGAGUAAACCAGUGAGUCUGCUCCAGGCUGCAGGAGAGCAAACGCACGCCGAGAUGCGAAAACACGACACAUUAUGAUGGGAUCGCUUUAUGAUAAAGAGGAUUGCUUGUAUUUUGUGGACACUGCAAAUCAUUUGUCACAAAAAACAUCCAUCCACACAGACGUACCUGCAACAGCUCUGUUGUAUGAUAUUGUAAAUGCUGUGUAUACAAGAUGUAUUUUUUAUGGAAGCUGUGAAUGUGUACAGUUGAGCAGGUUGUAUAUGUCAGGCAGCAAACAGUCCAGCACACUCCAGUUAAAUUAAAAACACUCAUAUUUAACAGUAA